CUCCGUGACAACGGGAAGUGAUGGGAACUGCCACGUCAAUAAUAACUGCGUAGCUCUGUGGGCAGCUGAAACCUAGCGUAACAAAAUGAAAAACACCAGUUCUCGCGUUAAGCGCCAGUAAUCGAUGUCAUCCACUGUCGUAGCACACACAAAAACAACCAAGUCUGAAAUUCAUUUUCAGGCAAACGACGAAAUAAUGCGAGGCGAAGCAAACGAAAAAUCUGAGGAUUUUAUUUCCGGCUUAGCUACAGAUACGGACAGCUUUCUUGAAGCAGCUACUUACCCAGUCAAAUUUUUGAUUAAGUUAUAUCAAACUACAAUCAUGGAAAGAGAAAUGCAAGAAAUAACAGUUCAACCGUCAAAAGCACGAGCUGAUGUAGGGAAAAGAUUGAUCGUCAGGGAACUUUCCAUAUCGGAAUUUGGUUUCCAAGAGCUACCGGUAAACUUACAACUCAAUAUAUUCUCAUACUUGGAUGCAAGAUCACUUUGCACAGCUGCGUCAACAUGCCACUAUUGGAACAUGCUCAGUGAAGACAAGGUACUGUGGAUGAACUUGUUGCAACGUGAUAUGCACAAGUGGAGCACUAUGGGAUAUCAGUCAUGUCCAUCAACUUACAUGGAGGCAAGAUCAGAUUUAUCUUUGAAACAAAUAUACUUAAGGUGCUGUCCAGAGUGCAGAUCCUUAAGAAAAACCAGAGAGUCUUUCAAGUCAAUAGUCUUCUACAACCUGCAAAACUUGUCCUCCUUUUUCAAGAAAAGAUCACCCCGUUUAGUCAUGUUUGGUCCUGGGUUGGAGUCAGACACCAAAGGACUUGUGCGUGAACUAUUAUGGGAUAAAAAGUCACCAUUUGAAGUGACAGGAAUGUUCCCUGGACAGUUUGAAGGUAUUGGUUCUGGAGUUUGCUUGAGCUUUGAAAACAUGGAAUUAAACCUUAUCACAUUGUAUGCUUCAAACAAAAAAGAAAGAGAAGCUAAUGCAAGACUUGGAAGGCCAAGAUCUAGUAAACUACUGGCUUCCACUGAAAAUGCAAAUAAUAAUGAAGAUGACAAGGAUCAUGAGUCCCAGUCCCACUCCACUGAGCUAAGCCAUCCAGUCAGGGAACUUUGUAAAACCGUAAAUGCAUUUAUAUAUGUCGUUGACUCUUCUGCUGACUCUGAUAGAGUGAAUGUAGGAGAUGUGGAGUUGUCUGCCAUGAUGAAUGAGAACUGGACGCAAGUUAAGGCUCCUCUUUUAGUACUGUCUUGUGUUGAAAAAGAAAUCACACCUUCAUUGUCCUGCGCAACUGUCGUUGAGCUUCUACAGUUGAGACAACUCAACAGACCAUGGCAGGUAAAUUCAGCUUGUGUUGAAAACCUCGAUGGAGUCCUGCCUGGUAUUAAAUGGUUGCUCAACUCGGCAAGUUAAAUCAAUUUGUUCAGUGUCAAAGAGUGCAAGAAACUCAUUGGCUGGACAUCAUUUACAAGCACAUCAUUGAACUACACUAGACCUCAAGAACAUUUCAUUAUAGAUAUGCGUGUAUAUUAAUUGAAAAACAUAUAAGUAC